AUGGCAAAACCAAAGACGAAGAAGAAAGCAAGAGAAGACGAAGACCCAGAUUCAACAAACCCAGUAACCAUUGAACGCAAGAGACUCAAAUCCUUAGCUUUUUCAAACAACAUACUCUCUGAAACCCAAUCUAGAUCUUCCAUUCACCUAAACCCUUCUUCCCUUCUCGCCAAACAUCACGGCAAAGACAUCAUCAAGAAAUCUCAGAGGAAGAGCAGUAGAUACCUUUUCUCGUUUCCGGGUCUCUUUGCUCCUAUUGCUGGGGGGAAAAUUGGUGAUCUCAAAGAUUUAGGAACCAAAAACCCCAUUCUCUACCUUGAUUUCCCUCAGGGCCGAAUGAAGUUAUUUGGGACUAUCUUGUAUCCAAAGAACAAAUACUUGACUCUACAGUUCUCCAGAGGUGGAAAGAGCGUGAUGUGUGAGGAUUCUUUUGAUAACAUGAUUGUAUUUUCCGAUGCAUGGUGGAUUGGGACAAAAGACGAGAACCCAGAAGAAGCUAAACUGGAAAUUCCUAAGGAAUUGUACGAGGGACAACAAGCUGAACAUGACUUUAAAGGGGGUGCAGGAGCAGGUGCAGCUUCUGUAGUUAAUCAAAGUGUUCUUAAAACUAAGAUAAAACGUGCAGAGCUAGAGUCACCAGAGACACCUCUUGACGAAGAUUCAUCAGACAGUGAACUUGACUUAACAGUCACAAAGGAAUUGGCUCCAGUUCGCCAAUCAGCAAGAACUGUAAAAAAAUCAUACAAAUUUGCUGAAAUUUCUUCUGGUGAUGAUUCUGCAAAAAGCAGCCCUGCCAUUUCUGAACACGAAGAAGAAGCGGUAGAAGUUGAUAUCAAUAAAGAAACUGCAGUUAUUGACAUCGACAAUGAGGAUAGUGCUCCAAAAGAUAUACUCCCCAUGGUGGAAAAUAAAGAACCUGCUUCAGCGUCAAAAUCUAAAAAAGGUUCACUUGUUCAGGCUACUAUAUCCUCAUUAUUCAAGAAAGUGGAAGUAAAGAAGACCCCAACCAGUUCAAAGAAAUCUCCAUCAUCAAAAGCUUCCGGCCAGAAGUUGCAACCUGCUGGUUCGAAAAGGAAGCUAGACCUGGAUGAAGGAUCUAAGAAAAAGCCAAGAAAGAUCAAGGACAAAAAUUCUGGUGAAAAAGUCAAGGCAAAAAAAAGCAAGGAAAGUGAGGUUGAAGAUGACGAUGAAGAUGAUGAUGACAUUGAAGAAUUUUCAAAUGCUUCAGAGGAUUCUGAUGAAAGCGACGAAGAAUGGAUUGCAUGA